AUGAAUCCAGACAUACGUAAAGAACGGGAAAAUGCAACUUUUAACGUCGAAAUACUCACGUCUAUCCUGGACGGUAGUCCUGAAAAGACCCGGAGGAGGAGAGAAAUUGAGACACUGGUGAUAAACGACCCAGACUUCCAGCAUGAAGACCUAAACUUUCUGUCCAGGAGUGAGCGAUAUGACGCGGCGGUGAAGAAGAGCGCUCAGAUGAUCCUGAAGCUACGGGAGUAUGGCAUCUCUGACCCGGAGGAAAUCUACUGCUACAAAAGCUGCGUGCACCGCGGGCGCCCCGAGCCCCUGGACCUCCACCUGGGGAUGUUCCUGCCCACGCUGCUCAACCAGGCCACGCCUGAGCAGAUGGACGCCCUCUUCAUGCCCGCCUGGAACCUGGAGAUCAUCGGCACCUACGCGCAGACGGAGAUUGGGCACGGCACCCACCUCCGCGGGCUGGAGACCACGGCGACGUACGACCCCGCCACCCAGGAGUUUGUCAUGAACAGCCCCACUGUCACCUCCAUCAAGUGGUGGCCCGGCGGACUGGGUAAGACGUCUAACCACGCCAUAGUGCUGGCCCAGCUCCACACCCAGGGCAAGAGCCACGGCCUGCAUGCUUUCAUCGUGGCCAUCCGCAGCAUGGGCACCCACAUGCCCCUGCCAGGUGUUGUGGUCGGCGACAUCGGGCCCAAGUUCGGCUUCGACGAGGUCGACAACGGCUACCUGAAACUGGAGAACGUGCGGAUCCCUCGGGAGAACAUGCUGAUGAAAUUUGCCAAGGUGGAGCCAGAUGGCACGUACGUGAAGCCCCCCAGCUCCAAGCUGACGUACGGCACCAUGGUCUUCAUCCGCUCCAUGAUCGUGGGCGAGUCGUCCCGCGCCCUCUCCAAGGCCUGCACUAUCGCCGUGCGCUACAGCGUGGUCCGACACCAGUCGGAGAUCCGCGCGGGGGAACCAGAGCCCCAGAUCCUGGACUACCAGACCCAGCAGCACAAGCUGUUUCCUCUGCUGGCCACGGCCUACGCCUUCCACUUUGUGGGCCAGUACAUGAACCAGACGUACCACCGCAUCACCGGGGACAUCAGCCACGGGGACUUCAGUGAGCUGCCCGAGCUCCACGCCCUCUCCGCGGGCCUCAAAGCCUUCACCACCUGGACGGCCAACGCGGGCAUCGAGGUGUGCCGCAUGUCAUGUGGCGGCCACGGCUACUCGCGCAGCAGCGGCCUGCCGGACAUCUACGUCACCUUCACCCCCACCUGCACCUACGAGGGGGAGAACACUGUCAUGAUGCUGCAGACCGCCAGGUUCUUGAUGAAGUCCUACCGGCAGGCGCGGGGGGGUCAACAGCUGAGCGGCAUCGUUUCCUACCUCAACGAAUCAGAGCGCAGGCUGCAGCCCCAGCCCGUGUCGGCCCGCCCCACCGUGGUCAACAUCAACGACCUGGCCAGCCUGGUGGAGGUGUACAAGCUGCGGGCCGCCAAGUUGGUGGAGCUGGCAGCAAAGAGUAUCCAGCAGGAGCUGCAGCAGAGAAGAAGUCAGGAGGACGCCUGGAACCGCAGCUCCAUAGACCUGGUCAGAGCCGCAGACGCCCACUGUCACUACGUGGUGGUGAAGCUGUUUGCAGCCAAGCUGGGGGAGAUCGGGGACACCGGCGUGCACUCGGUCCUCAGCGGCCUGGCUCUGCUGUACGCCCUGCACGGCGUCACCCUGCACUCCGGGGACUUCCUGCAGGCGGACCUGCUGAGCGUGCCCCAGGUGAACCAGGCGAACCAGCGCGUGAAGGAGCUGCUGGCCCAGCUGAGGCCCAACGCCGUGGCGCUGGUGGACGCCUACGACUACCGCGACCAGAUGCUCAACUCCGUCCUGGGACGCUACGACGGCCAGGUCUACGAGAACAUGUUCGAGUGGGCCCGCAAGUCGCCGCUCAACCGCACCGAGGUUCACGAUUCGUACCACAAGUACCUGAAGCCCCUGCAGUCCAAGUUGUGAGCUGACCUCUCAACCCUGACCCCCCCUGACCCCCCUGACCCCCAGCUAUGACCUGACCUCCACCUGAGGUGUGGGAAGUAGUCUAACAGUCAACUAACCCAACAAUGGAAAUCAAAAUGCUCUCGGUAAUCAGUUAUUCUUCUGAAUGAAUUCCUUUUUAGUUCUACUUUUUUCCAAGUGGAUCUUUGCCACACUGUCCUGUAGGUGCAUUGAGAACACGAGUCAACAGGAAGGAGAGUGAAACAGCCGACGGGUUCCUUCAAUCGUAUUCCUAACCAAUCCAUGUCAUCUAAUCACAAUGUUUGAAAUCAUGAAUAUUACUGUAUAUAAUCUCUUAGAUACUGAUCAUUUAUAUCAUCCGUUAGUAUUCUGGGUAAGUGUGAAUCAUUAAAGAAGUGAGCGUAUUCGAUCCCAAUUUGAAAGGUUGGCUGCUAAGGGUUCCCUUGUAUUAACAUUGAUAGAAGCAUAGUGAAUGGUAAUGAAUGUAACUAAGAUACAUUUAUGAUGUAUGUGUCAGAGAGAGUGAGUGAGAGUGGAGAAGGUGGUAAAAAAAAAAGAAAAUGUUUUAAAGGAAAUGAUUCUGGGGUGUUGCCCCACAACAGUGACAUCGGUUAUGGUAAA